UAUGUUUCUUGGAAUUGAGUUAGGCGAUAUGAUUAACUGGAUGAUUGGAUUUACAUUUUUACUUAUUUUACCAGUCUAUUCAAUUGAUAUUAAGGAAUUUGGUUUUCAAUCAACAGUAGCGAUGAUAAAUCAGAGUUCUGAUAUUAAUUAUGAGUUUACAAUAACGAGAAGAGGAAGCCCUUUAAUACAGUGUGCCACUGUGUGUGCACGAUCCAACGACUGUGUUGGGAUGGAAAUUUGUGAUACCACGCCGAAGUGGUGUCGACUCUGGGGGGCGGAUUUCACUAGUGUCGGAGCGAAUCCAUCGGUCUAUCAUUGUUCGCGCUAUACAAAGAAAGCAAGGAUGAAUAAUGGUUGCUCAGACUGCGCAUGCCUCGUAUCUUCGGGAUCAUCCGUUGGUGUUCAAACUAUUACUGUUAAUGGUCAAAAGUUGGAAGUGGAAUGUUAUUCCGGGACACAUUCGUGGACUGUUAUACAGAGAAGAGUGAAUGGAUCUGUAGCAUUUAUCAGAGAUUGGGUAGCAUACAAAAAUGGAUUUGGUUCUCUUUCCUCGGAGUUUUGGCUUGGAAACGACAACAUUCAUCAACUGACCAACAGCGGUCUGACUUACCUGCGGAUCGAUCUCAUGGAUAACGCUGGAGUGUGGAAGUAUGCAGAAUAUAGUACAUUUACUGUAGACAAUGAAGCCAAUCAGUACAGACUCAACAUUUCCGGGUAUUCUGGUGACGCAGGAGACAGCAUGGCAUAUCAUGAUGGUAUGCUCUUUAGUACCUAUGAUAGAGACAACGAUCGGUGGACUAGCAACUGUGCCUUGAACAGGUUAGGUGGAUGGUGGUACAAAUAUUGUCAUAAGGCGAACCUCAACGGAGAAUACGGAAACACCAACAAUUCCGAUGGCAUCAACUGGUAUGCAUGGCAUGGUUUCUACUACUCCAUGACAGAAGUCAGGAUGAUGAUUCGCAAACCCUAGGCGUGACCAUUCCUUCGAAGAAAGUUUCCUUCUAGAGACAUAGAAAUACUGUUACUAACAAAAGUCUGCGGUUGCAAAACCAUUUACAAAAUGUCGGUCCUCUCUUCACACACAAUAGCUUAUAGACUACAUCCGUAUAUUUCCUAGAGAGUAUGUGGUUUAAAUGAACUAAUGUGUAGCAAUGAAGAAGUGUGAAUAACCUAUUGGAUCGGGUUUAGUUAAGUCUUUACAGAAAGCUCAAUCCAUAUUAGUUCCAGUUGAUGACUUUAGGCCAAACAAAUGCAAUAGGUUGUUUCUCUCACAUAGUAUUUGGAUAUAGGGGAACGUUUAAAAGAUCUCUUACUUCGAUGUAGCAUGAUAAAUGUAUUGUUGACGCAUUUUAAGUUCGUUAUUUUCAAAUGAUAUUUCAUAAACUUUAAUUUUGCAUUUUUUGUAUAAAACAUCACUAAUACACACAUUUAUCUCUAACAACAUAAUACACCAGUGCUUCAGUGUUUCGCCUACAACAGAAAUCUUUUCAAACAAAACUCUUGAUUAGGAAAUAGAGAUUUUUUUUUUUACUUGGCAUGCUUUUAUGCAUGGCACAUAAAAUGAUUGUUGUAUUUGGAACAAAGUCUGCUACCUCGAGAUAUUCCCACUUGAUUGCUGUUGUGUACAGGGAAUUUACAAUUCGCCAACACUUAAAUAUUUUAAUUUGAAAAAUAAUCAAGUGGUUUAAGGUUGAAUGAUCCUCAUGUGAUGUCAUAGAUUUAGCACAAACUUUGUAUAUUAUAGAAAUAUAUGUCUUUUAGAGGAAUUUAAUUCUCUACAUAAUACAAGAAAUCUGGAAAUCUAAUGAUACUGAAAACAUUUAUAUUUUCCAUAGAUGAUCAAUUAUUUAUAAUCAAAACAUGGUGCCACGGGCAAUAACUCCUAUGCUAGUAUUUCUUCUACUGCAUGUCUAUUAUACAAUGAUUUCCCCAAUAUCCACAAUUGAUUUCUACAUGUUUAUGAAUUAGCAGAAUGUUUAUACUGUUGACAUUUCAAAGUCAUUUCAACAAGUUUUUAUCUAUUUUUAUUAUUCUGUAUGACUAAAAUUUGUGAUUCACUGAUCUUAACAUAUACUUUUUUUUGUAUGUACGACAUCUUUAAAAAGGUAGCAUCAUACACAUUUUUGGUUAUUGAUUAUUUAACUACAUUGAAUGGAAAUUAAUAAAGUUUUUCCACUUUGAAA